AUGGCCGGAGGUGGCGGGAGCGUCCCGCCCUCGCCGCGCGUCGCGCUGCCGUCCGGCGCGCGCACGCCCAACAACGGCUCCCGCACGCCGCCGCCCGCGUUCGGCGCGCCGUCGCCGGCGCCGCUGCUCGCCGCCGGCGGCUCGCUGCAGCACCAGGGGUCAUUCUUUGGGUCCCUCUCUAUCCAAAACUCCCUGGUUGUCCAGCUGGGCGCCAACGGCGCCGCCGGCGCGCCGCCGUCUGUCCCGCCGUCCCCGGGCAUGCCGCCGCGCGGCGGCGCCGCGGCGGCGUUCUCCGAGCACCGCCACCCCAGCGCCGCGCGGCUCUGCGAGCUCGUCUCAAACCCGAUGGCCCGCUGCGACGCGCCGGCGAGCCUGGACCUGCAGGCAGCUUCUCGGGAGCUUCACGCGGCGGCCGCCGCGGUCGCGUCGUCGAUCCCAUCCGCGGGGCCGCUCUCCUCGUCCGGCCUGCUCACCCCCGGCGGCUCCGGCGCGUUCGGCGGCCUCGCGCCGCCGCGCCUGGCGAGCGCGGGGCCCGCGAGCGGCGCGGCGACGCCGCGGGCAGGGGGGCUGCAGCCGCUGUCGCUGGGCGUCGGGGGCAUGUCUCGCUACGGUUCAUUUGACUACAGCCACACGUUUUCGCACCCCCAGCUCGCGUCUGGGGGCUCGGCCACGCACCUGGGCGCGGCAGGCGGCGGCGGCGCCUUUGGCGGCGCCCCCGGCGGCGCGAACGCGGCCGGCGGGCACGUGUCGCCGCUGCUGGCGCGGGAUUCGGAGGCGAUUGCGCAGCGCAUGGUGCACGCGUUUCCUUGGAACAAGACAGGGCAGGCCCACCUGGCUCUGGCCCUGCGCCGCCGCGAGGCCUACCUGCCCUCCGGCGCCGCCACCCUGCGCCUGCAGUGCAGCUGGGGCGGCCCGCACCUCACCGACUGGUCCUGCUCAGAUGCGGCGCUCAGCGCGCGCCGCAGCGCCGCGCGGCGCAAGCGGCGGCGCGCCGGGCUCAUGACGGUCCUGUCGCGCGCGCUGGCCGCCGGCGUCGCCUCCACCAGCGCCUUCAUCGCCCUCGCUGAGCUGGCGCUGGACGCGUCCGACGCGGCCGCGGCGCUCGACGCGGCGAAGCGCGGCAUCAAGUUUGUUUUCGACCGCAGCCGCGCGGGGCAGGAGCGCGCGCGGCACGCGGCGCUGAUGCUCAACCUGCUGGCCGCGCAGGCCAUGUCGCGCUGCGGGCAGCUGGAGGAUGCCACCAAGGUGUUCGGCCGCCUGGCGGCCCGCGUGAGCGAGGGCGAGGUGGCUUUCGGCAACGCCGCGGCCCCCGCCCGCGCCGGGGCGUAA